UCGGUCCCUCCCUCCGCCGCUCGGCACUGCCCUCUCUGAGGCUCCAGACACGGCACCGAGGUCCACCUGAGUCCCGCCAGCCCACCGACGUUCCCCCGGACCCUGAACGCCCCUCAGUCUCCUCAAACUAUACCGACUGUUCACAGAGCUGCGCUUCUGGACCGGAGACCGGAGAGCUGAGAUGAAGACAGACUUUACGCUCUUCUGUCGGACUUUGACUGGAAUAGUUUAUGCCGCAGGUCUGGCGACGGGCUUCUCCAUGACGCCCCCCGUCCUCGAGAGCUCCGGAGAAGACCUCGUGAUCCCCGUCCACCGAACACUCACCAUCACAUGCAGGGGCCAGCACACGCUGUCCUGGGCCUGGCCGGAUCAGACCCUGGAGGGCCAGGAGCUCACGGGCCGCCAGGCCCAGCUGCCGACCCCCGGGGCGGCCCCCGGCCACAGAGUGGCGCUGGUCAGCGAGUGUCCGGGUCGGCCGACGAGGCCGUACUGCAAGAGGCUGGUUCUGACCGGGACCCGGGCCCAAGACACGGGCCAGUACCGCUGCUACUACAAGGACGCCAAGGCCGUCAUCCUGGGGACCACGGCCGUCAGCCUGUACGUGUUCAUCAGGGACCCCGAGCAGCCCUUCCUCAGGAGACACAGCGUCGGCCCCGAGGGCGACCUGGGCACCGUCCUCCUCCCCCGCUCCGCCUCCCACCUCACCGUGCCGUGUCUGGUCACCGUGCCGGACCUCAACGUCACGCUCCACGCGUACCCCAUCCCUCUGGAGGACAGCGGCAUGACCUGGGACAACCAGCGCGGCUGGUCCGUCCCCAGACACGCCGUGGACAGCAUGCCGAUGAUCAUCAGCUUGUUCUGCGUCGCCACGCUGGGAGGGAAAGAGUUCCAGUCCACCAGCUACCUGCUCCACAUGACAGGAAGUCAGAUUUACGAUGUCAAGCUGUUUCCUGAGGGCCCCGUGCAGCUGAUGGUGGGGGAGGCCCUCACCCUGAACUGCACCGCGCUGGUGGAGUUCGACGCCGGCGUGGACAUCCAGUGGUCUUACCCCCGCAAACAGCCCGGCAGCUGGGAGGACGCGAAGCCCCACCGCGAAGCUCUGUCCCACGCCACCGAGGCCGUCAGCGUCCUGACCAUCCACAGCGUCAACGUCACGGACGCCGGCCCCUACAGCUGCAACGUCACCAGCACCGGCGCCACGCGGGCCCAACACACCCAGGUCCUGGUGUACGACAAGCCGUUCAUCCGCCUGAGCCCCCGGAGCGGCGCCGUGGUGGAGGUGACGGCCGGACACAAGUCCUUCAAGCUCCACGUCAACGUGUCGGCCUUCCCCGCACCUGAAGCUCAAUGGUACAAAGACGGGAAGCCGGUGAACCAGCGCCAAGAGUUCCGCCUGAAGAGGAUGAGGCUGCACCAGAACCACGCGCUGGAGAUCAGGGACGUGUGUGAGGAGGACUCUGGGCUCUACACCGUGGUCCUGAGGAACCGGGCCGCCGGGCUGCAGAGGAGGCUCAACAUCACGCUGGUCGUCAACGUUCCCCCACAGAUCCAUGAGAAGGAAGUGGCCGACCCGUCCAGCCCUUACCCGAGUGGCAGCAGCCAGACGCUCACAUGCACCGCCUACGGCUUCCCCGCUCCGGUCCUCAGCUGGCAGUGGAGGCCCUGGGGCCCGUGUGUCCUCAACAGCACCCACAGCCUGGCCCGGCGCCAUCGGAGCAGCCGCGGCGCCGCCUGUCCCCGCUGGCAGGAAGUCCACCUGCAGAACGCCGAGAACGACCUGGUCUCCAUGGAGACGGCGCUGGAGGAGGUGGACGGACGGCAGAAGGUGGUGAGCCGGCUGCUCGUGGGCAACGCCAGCGUCUCCGUCGUCUACAGAUGUUCAGCUCACAACCGAGUGGGCGGAGACGAGCACCUGGUCGACUUCUACGUCACCUCCGUCCCUGAGGGCCUCAGUGUGGCCCUGCGGCCCCCCGGCCCCCCCCUGGAGCAGGACAGCGUGUCUCUGUGCUGCAGCGCCGACAACUACACCUACGAGCGGCCGCAGUGGUACCGCCUCGACCCGCGGGCCCUCGGGGCCCCGGGGGGCGAGCGAGCCGAGCUCCGGGACCUGGACUGCAGGAGCCUGGCCCUGCAGGCGCUCGGGGGCCAGCUGUCCUUCAGGGCCCCGUCCAACAGCUGGCUCCUGGCCCUCAGCUUCCCCGCGCUGCGGCUGCAGGACGAGGGCCUCUACGUGUGUGAGGCCCGGGGCCGGCGCCGCGGGGACCGGCUGUGCCUCGCCAGGUACCUGGCGGUGAAAGCCCCAGAGGCUCCGCGCUACAGGCUGGGCCUCACCAACCAGACGGUGAACGUGUCGGCGUCUCUGAGGAUGGAGUGUGAGGCGGAGGGCCGGCCUCUGCCCCGCCUGUCCUGGUUCAAAGAUCACCAGCCUCUGCACCAGAUGUCAGGGGUUCAGCUGCAGGACUCAAACCGCACUCUGAGCAUCCAGCGCGUCACCGAGGACGACGCCGGCCUCUACACCUGCAGCGCCUGCAACCUGCGCGGCUGCGUCCACUCGUCAGCCGCCGUGCAGGUGAUCGGCUCCAGUGACGAGGCCAACGUGGAGGUCGUGAUCCUCAUCGGCACCGGCGUCAUCGCUGUGUUCUUCUGGGCGCUGCUCAUCCUCAUCUUCUGCAACGCCAAGCGGGUGAACCCGGCGGACAUGAAGACGGGCUACCUGUCCAUCAUCAUGGACCCGGGGGAGGUCCCCCUGGACGAGCAGUGUGAAUACCUGCCCUACGACUCCUCUCAGUGGGAGAUCUCCAGAGACACCUUCAGGCUGGGAAAGGUUCUGGGCCACGGAGCGUUUGGGAAAGUAAUCGAAGCUUCGAUCUCCAGCAUCAGCAAGAGCAGCAGGGGGGGCGGCGUGGACACCGUGGACACCGUGGACACCGUGGCGGUGAAGAUGCUGAAGGAUGGAGCCACAGCCAGUGAGCACAAGGCCUUGAUGUCAGAGCUGAAGAUCCUGAUCCACAUCGGGAACCAUCUGAACGUCGUGAACCUGUUGGGAGCCUGCACCAAACCCAACGGUCCCCUCAUGGUCAUCGUGGAGUACUGCAAGUACGGGAACCUGUCCAACUUCCUCCGCGCGAAGAGAGAGUUCUUCCUCCCGUACAGGGAUCGCUCUCCUAAAACUCAGAGCCAGGUGAGACAGAUGAUCGAGGCGGGUCGGAUCGACCAGCGAGCCCUGGGCCCGCCCCCCCCACGCUCCUCCCCCCUCAUCAGCCCCCAGAGCCAGUCGACCAAUCAGAACCGUUCGCCGGAGAAAAUGGAGGACUUGUGGAAAACUCCUCUGACCAUUGAAGAUCUCCUCUGCUACAGCUUCCAGGUGGCUCGUGGGAUGGAGUUCCUGGCCUCCAGGAAGUGUAUCCACAGGGACCUGGCAGCCCGGAACAUUCUUCUGUCAGAGAGCAACAUCGUGAAGAUCUGUGACUUCGGCCUCGCCAGAGACAUCUACAAAGACCCCGACUACGUCCGCAAGGGCAACGCGCGCCUCCCCCUCAAGUGGAUGUCUCCUGAGAGCAUCUUCGACAAGCUGUACAGCAGCCAGAGCGACGUCUGGUCCUUCGGGGUCCUGCUGUGGGAGAUCUUCUCCCUGGGAGCGUCUCCGUACCCGGGCGUGCAGAUCGACGAAGACUUUUGCAAACGGUUGAAAGAUGGCGUCCGUAUGAGGGCGCCGGAGACCGCCUCCCCCGAAAUAUACGGCAUCAUGCUGGCCUGCUGGCACGGAGAGCCCAAAGAAAGACCACCCUUCCUGGCCCUGGUGCAGAUCCUGGGAGACCUGCUGCAGGACAACAGCCUCCCCGACGGGAAGGACUACACCGCUCUGAACGGCUCACAGAGCUCCGAGGAUGACGGCUUCUCGCAGGCGUCCUCACGCCCUCCAUCGGAGGAGGAGCUGAGGCUGGCCUGCAACACGCUGCCCGCCAGGUACUAUAACUGCGUGCCCUUUGCCGGCUGCGUGUUCCUGGGACCCUCGAAGCUCUGCCACCCCACGGUGAAGACCUUCGACGAGUUUCCUCUGGGGACGAAUCCACAGAGAAGCUCUCAGGAGAACCAGACCGACAGCGGGAUGGUUCUGGCCUCCGAAGAGUUUGAGAGGAUUGAAGACAGAGGAGCCUCAAAAAGCCGCAUGGACAGCAGCAGCAGCACGGCGCCGCUCACGGCCGCCCCCGGGUCCCCGGGCCGGAGCUUCUUCAGCGGGCUGUCCGGACAGACCUUCUACAACAACGAGUACGGCCACCUGAACCGGGACGGCUUCUGCCACUUCUUCCCCCCCGACGGGCCCCGCCUGGCCUCCUCCCACGUGUAGCGCCGGAGGAGGCGUGAGCAAGAGGGACAUCUGAGGGAUGAAGAUCAGCUACAGAGCCUCAGGAGAUCAUCAUCUCCUCCUCGAGGCCUCCAGACCGAGAGCCACGAGCCUGAAGAUCCUCCAACCAGCCACUGGGUGGCAGCAUUGUGACAGGAACAAGUAUUUUACAGUCACACUUAUGUUAUCUUUUACAUGCAGUUCUUCCUUCACGUGUACAAAUAUGACCAGAAUGGAAGAAAUAAAGAAAUGUAUCUCGUCA